AUGGCGGGGCUAAAGCUCUUUCGUCAUCUCCAGCUUGUUGUUGGAGGCUGUAGUCGUUGCGACAUUGCUCCGCGGGGCAGAGGAAACAUCUGCUGCGCCUUUUCUCGAACCAGACCGCUUGGUGGCAUCGAGCUCCUCUGGCAUUCACUUGCGGCCAGCAUUUUAUCAUGGUAUGGCGCACUUUACGCUUUGCUCCUCCGUUGCUCCGUUGCCUCGAGAUCAAGGCCUGCUGAUGCAAUUCACCCCGCUUCAAAGGCCUCCGAAUCGAGACUGUACACCUUUUCCGGUGAAACCAAGGAACACCUGCGCAAGUUCCGACUGACCACAUCGAGGGCCAAGGAUCCCCAGGCUGUUAUCUAUAUGAUUGAUAAGAACACACACGAGAUCCGACAAGCCCUCGACGACUACGACGAAGCGCGAGUCUACAAGUCUCUCAAGGAGGUUGCUGAGGACUUGCCAGACCACACGCCGCGGUUUGUUCUGCUCAGCUAUCCCAUUACAACGUCCGAUGGACGACUCUCAGUACCCUACGUGUUGCUAUACUAUCUUCCAAUAACCUGCAAUGCUGAGGUGAGAAUGCUGUACGCCGGCGCAAAAGAGUUGAUGCGAAGCACGAGCGAGGCGGGCAGCGUCAUUGAUAUCGAGUCCGCGGAGGAUCUUGAAGAGGUUCCCGAAAAGCUGGCUAGCAAAUAG